GAAUUAUGUUAAAAACUUUAUUAUUAAUAUGAAGUAGAAUUAAGUCAUGUCAUACAUAUCCAUUAACAAACACAUCUUUUAACUCGUUGGAAUAAUGAUGCAAAAUAAUACGGAGCAGGCAUCCUUAAGUACAGGUGGCAUUUAAAGCGUUUCUAUGACACCGAUUAUAUUGCGUACUUUCAUUAUCGGACGAUACGUUAAAGAUGGCGUGGUCGGGUGUUGUCGUGAUCUGUCUGACCUCUCUGAUCGGACUUCCACUUACAUACAGCGUCAACCUGUUUAAGGAUAACGUCUCCAAUCCUCUAAUUAUCCUUGGUAUAGGCGGGGUUGCACUGAUCCUUGUGGCUCUGUUGCCGUAUCUGUACACCCGGAACACUGACAUUCCAAAACGAGAUCCAUACUUUUAUGCAUGGAGUCUGUUUGCCUUUGCAUGUGUAGUGGAUUUGAUAAUUGCUUUGGAGAAUGAUCGCAUCAUUCACAGCUUCAUGGCAUUUUACCUGCUGGAAGGUGAGCCCUACCUCAAGACAACACAUGGGACCUUCAUCAACUACUGGGACGCUGUGGUACACUUCAGUCUGUACAUCUACAUCCUUAAACAGGACUCGUACAAUGAGAGGUACAGAAAGGCUGGUCUGUACUGGGUGGGAUCCAUCACCAACAGUCUCCUGAUAAUUCUUCCUGCCGGACUCAUUGGUGAAUAUGGUGUGCGGUGGCCAAUCCUACUCAACAUGCCCUACCUGUGUAUACCUGUAUGGAUGGGGUACAAGUUCCUGACUAACGCACCACAACACCAAACUCAGUACAAGAGUGACAGUGAUCAGCGAGGGAGUCAACCUAUUCAACAGAGACCUGUAGACCUGAUGUUUAUUGUCGUGUUCACAGCUGCUAUUGGUGUUCACGUGCUGAGAGCAUCAGCAGUACUUGGGAGCCCAGCAGAGCUAGCUAAGAACUACCUACAACAGUACGAACCCUACCUUACUGACGGUGUGGCCUUCCCCAAAGUACAGAUGUUGCUGUAUUUGUUCUACUUUGUGCCCUACUAUGUGCUGGUCAUCUUCGAUCUGCUGUAUCCGAGUGGUCAAUCAUGGGUGGUUGACUGGUCACUGAUAAUGGCUGGAGCUUCAGGCGAGGGCCAGUUCUCCUUUAUUGGGGCCUCCAUCCACCCAUACACACCAGCCGCCUCGCAGCUUCCUCAAGGUAAUAACUUACUGUUCUGGGUCAUCAAUGGAGCUCUCUUCAUCGUCCCUCACCUGUAUGCGUACAGGUGUGUCACCAUGCCAACAAAAUCUGAAGUCAGUACAGUCCAUAAUGGGAGAGCUGUGCUGGAACUCUCAGACUCUCAGGACAAAGAAUUGAUGUAUGAUAAAAGGGAUUCUUCAGCAGACAUCACAGAAUCGAGAAAGUAUAAUUUACGUAAUAGAAGAAAUCAAUAAAUUGAUGAUCAUAACUGCCAGAAUUCUUGUCACUAAUGACACUUUUUUAUACACUUUGUAAUUUUAUUUGUAAUCAAGCAAUGAUAAUUGAUGUUAUUUUUAAAGAAUUUAAUUUUAAGUUUUAAUUGACAUAUAAUGAGUUAAAUGUUUGCUUUACAGUUAACUAAACUGCAUAUACAUCGAAUGGUCUUGUAAUACAUAUCAAAUAUUGAUUAUUUUAGAUGAUUCCUUGUUAUAUCCCUGUCAAAAAUCUUGACAAGGUACGAUGGUAUGACCUCAGUCCAUCUGUUAACUUUUUGUUUCCAUACAAUAACAUCCUUGAGUUUUAAUGGAUUUUUAUGAAAUAUGAUAGACAUCUACAACGUAAAAAGACUAACCAUAGGUUCAACAUUGAGUCACAUCUGUUCACUGAAUGGUCAAUACAGUAUUUCCAUUUAAUAUAAGAGUUUGUUGUCGGUGUUUGUUCAGCUGUCUUGCAUUUUACAUUUUAAAUAGAGUUGAUGGUUUUUAAUUUUUGACUUGUUUGUUACAUGUCAUUAUCCAGGCAGGAUUGUGCAAUGUUAAGAAAGUUGAGUAUACUUUUGCUGCUCAUAAACCAAAGCAAUAAAUGUUGUCAGGGAUUUUUGUUUUUCUUCAGUAGAUCAUUCUUAAUGUCAUGAUCAAUUUUGUAUUGAGAUUUUUUUACUUUUACAAAAAACGUUUAUAAUGAUUAACAGUUCAAUGUUUGUAAUAUUACAUUUUAUUAAUGUUUUAACAUGACUUCUUAAACUUGUUAUUUAUAGCAAUGUGUGAGCUUUGUUCUGCACUAGGAUAUAAAAAAAUUAACUGAUUGCUUUACAAUAUUAAUAUGAUAUCAAACCUUAAAACAGACAACUGUAUUUUAUAUAAUAGUAUGUAUUUAUUACUUUUAAGUAAUAUUCCAAAUAUCUAGGAUUUGAAAAAAAAGAUUUUAUACCAGAUGCUGUUUUUGAAAAACUUCCUUUGCUAUAACAUUAGGUAUUCAAUGUUUGGGAGUCUGUAUGAUCACAGUUGCCAACUUUUUGAGAAAUUUUAGAUUUACCACUUAUACAGUUAACUAAAUAGUUUCUUUUUCCCCUUCAUACUGUACAGUUGAGUCCAGAUCCUCCUCAGCAUUACAAUGAGAGUGUUGAGUUAUUCUUGUUGUUAUUUUACCCAAGACUAUUGGGGUUCAAUGUUGUGUUUUCAGGAUAUAUGCUACCAUACACAUAUCUUAAUUAAUGUUAAGAGUUAGUUGCCUUAAGGACGUAUGCUACCAUACACAUAUCUUAAUUAAUGUUAAGAGUUAGUUGCCUUAAGGAUGUAUGCUACCUUACACAUUAUACAUGUGAUUUGUGUUAUAAUUAUCUCCCUUGAGGAUAUAUGCUACUUUAGACAUGUCUGUAAUUUUUUCAUAGUUAUCUCCCUUUAUAAAUCAAUAAGCAGUAUUUCAUAAUUAAAAAGUACAUGUGCUGCAGUGUUAUCAUAGCCUACAUCCCUGUGUGCCUCGAAGUUCAAAUUACCAUCUCAAGAUGUUUCUCAGGUUUAUUAGUGUGGAUUUCUUUUGGUCAGGCGAUGCUCGUUACAAUACGGUAGCACGCUUCUGUCAUACAUGUAGAUUGAGCCUAGUUCAAACACGGACUCACAAACCUCCACAUGAACAGUCUGGUCGAAUUGGUCACACAAAAUGAAACAUAACAAAAAUUGGUUAUUAGCUCUGAUUGGCUAAACUUUUUGUUUUUUUGGGAAAGUCUUACUUCUGGCAUGUAACAGCAAGAGAAACUUGGUAAAACUCAUCAGAUUCCAUAAUGACUUCUUCAGCAAUAACACUGCAACACUGUGGAUACCAUUGGAAGUCUGUCUGCCAUGAUUGAUUUGAUUGUUACUUCUGUAUUAGUUGUUUGUGUCAAAGAAUGUUUAUGGACAGGAAGUCUCCUUGAAUGCUAAUCUCACCCCGAAAUCAUGUCCAAUUCCUGUUGUCAUCUGACAUACUUGUAAACUAACUGCCUUAAAUGAACAUAACAGUGUCUGUUCUUGCUAAACUCUUCUUUGACCAAUCCUACCCGACUCUCUACAUGUUUGGUCUCGGAGAGCCAUCCAGAGGUUGAUUGAAUGUGACAAUCAUCUUAGAUCACACAUUAAUAUGUAAGUCUUUACUCUUGUUGGAUGUGUACAUUACUAAUCUUGCCAAUUAAAAAAAUAAUAAAACAAAUAUUUUAUACUUUGAUCAGUUGUUUAAUUAUCAUUUGUUGGAAAAGUUUGCAUAUGAUAUAUUAGUACAGCAUAAAAACAAAGGGCUUACCUUUGAAAAUAUAGCUUAUGUUACAUAAUGUACAUCACAUUACACAAACCUGAACAUUCCUCAUUCUCUAUCACACCUCACCAACACUGAAUAUAUACUUGUACUUGCACCAUCAUUUUCGUUGAUUUAUUUAUUGGCAUUUAAUAAUGAACACUGAUGGUCACCAUGUAUAGAAAACUGUUGCUUCAGGAACAGUGGCUCAUUUCCCCACCAACACAGAGGGAAAAACAGCGUUUUAAGAAAACAUGAUAUUAACUGAAAAGUAACAUAAAACAACAUGACAUUAUGUGAAAUGCACAUUAUUUUACCAGCUACGAUUCCCACAGUUAAGAAAAAAUAUUAAUAUAAUGAAAAGUUUGUAUAGAUAUUUAAGAUGUUUACCGGGUAUUACAUUUUGUUGAUUUUACACAAUGUAAUGAUUAUGUUGUUACAAUUAAAUGCAGUAAUUACAUGUAAGUGUACUAAUUACCAAGGUCCAGUUUGUUAUCUCACUAACCUGGUGGCAGUAAUUACAUGUAAGUGUACUAAUUAACAAGGUCCAGUUUGUUAUCUCACUAACCUGGUGGCAGUAAUUACAUGUAAGUGUACUAAUUAACAAGGUCCAGUUUGUUAUCUCACUAACCUGGUGGCAGUAAUUACAUGUAAGUGUACUAAUUAACAAGGUCCAGUUUGUUAUCUCACUAA